AACCAGCCAUGAAGAGCUUCCUCGUCAUCGCUGCCGCUCUGGCCUGCGCCACAGCCAGGCCCCAGCGUCCUGGGGGACCGGGACCCAUGGGGCCCGGUUCCGGGUCUGGAGAGUCUGGAGAGAUGGGUCCAGGAUCCAUGGGCCCGGGAGGCAUGGGACCUGGACCCAUGGGCUCUGGAGGCAUGGGACCUGGACCCAUGGGCUCUGGAGGCAUGGGACCUGGACCCAUGGGCUCUGGAGGCAUGGGACCUGGACCCAUGGGCUCUGGAGGCAUGGGACCUGGACCCAUGGGCUCGGAAGGCAUGGGACCUGAAAUGGAGGAGCAGGGCCCUGCCGGACCCGGGCCAGAACAGUCCGGUCCUGGCGGUGACAAUGCUUGGCCAGAGUCCUGGAAUGAGGAGGACUGGCCCGAAUCCUGGAAUGAGGAGAACUGGCCCGAGUCUUGGGAUCCGGAGAACUGGCCCGAGUCCUGGGAUCCGGAGAACUGGCCCGAGUCCUGGGAUCCGGAGAACUGGCCCGAGUCUUGGAAUGAGGAGAACUGGCCCGAGUCCUGGAACGCGAAGAACGGGCAAGAGUCCUGGAAUGGGGGAAACUGGCCGGAGUCCUGGAAUCCGGAGAACUGGCCCGAGUCCUGGGAUCCGCAGAACUGGCCCCAGUCCUGGAAUCCGGAGAACUGGCCGGAGUCCUGGAACAAUGGAGCCGAGAUCGCUGCCGGCAAGUAGAAUAUCCUACAACCACAACUGCCGUGCGCCAAGGCUGAACGGCCAUGGCGAGCCAGCGCAUCCUAGACCCCCAGCCAACCAGGAAGGAAGUGCUCGUAGCUCUUUGCAGUAUGUGCAUUGAAAUGCACAAACAGCAGCAUCGAGCCAUCCAAGCUGAGAGACGAGCACCGUUCGUCCGGGUUGUCACUCUCCAUUGUCCCGGAUGUGUUCCAACCGCUGGCCCUCGAGUGAGGGUCCAUUUACACCUUCGUUCCAGUCCCCUUGCAACCGCUGGUCUUUGCUUAAGUCUCACACGC